GAAAGAUUAUAUCAUUUUUACAAAAUUAUAUGAAAAUCGAUCACUAAAAACUUAUUCAAAUAUUACAAAAUUUUGUAACAAGAAAAUUUUCAAUUCAAACAUAAUACGCAUACCAUGCGCAAGACGCCAGAAUUUUCGUCCUCUCCCAGCCCCGUCUCCAAGCUUUCCCCUUAUAAGCACCCCCUCACCACUCUCUCUCUCUCUCUUUAAGCAAAGCCAAACGGUUUGAAACUCCGUGACAUUAGCAGCAUAGCUCUGCUCUGGUCUGCUCUUGGUUCUAAAUCUAAUUCAUGGCUUCCUCAGACUUCUUUCUCUGUUUCAUACUCUGUUUUACAGGUCUCUCUGUUUCAUUCUCAGAUAUUGUACUUUUACCUCUGACCCACUCCCUCUCCAAAACCCAAUUCAACAGUACCCACCAUCUCCUUAAAUCCACCUCUACCCGCUCCGCCACUCGUUUCCACGGCCACCACCAGCGUCGCCGCCAGGUCUGUCUCACACUCUCUCCUGGCAGCGACUACACGCUCUCCUUUACUGUGGGCUCCAACCCUCCCCAACCCAUCUCCCUAUACAUGGACACCGGCUCCGACCUUGUCUGGUUCCCCUGUUCCCCUCUCGAAUGCAUUCUCUGCGAAGGCAAGUACAACCCCUCCACCACCACUCCCCUGCCCAAAAUCCACAAGAACGCCACCGUUUCAUGCAAGUCCCCUGCUUGCUCUGCCGCGCACUCCUCCCUCUCCUCCUCCGACCUCUGCGCCAUUUCCCGCUGUCCUUUAGAAUCCAUUGAAACCUCUGAUUGCUCCUCCUUCAACUGCCCACCUUUCUACUAUGCCUAUGCAGAUGGAAGCUUAAUCGCUCGCCUUUACAAAGAUAGCUUGUCCGCUCCCACCCCAGUUCAUCCUUCUCUGCUUCUUCCAAAUUUCACUUUCGGGUGCGCCCACACGACCCUCGGUGAGCCCAUUGGGGUCGCUGGCUUCGGCCUUGGCUUACUUUCCUUGCCUGCCCAACUCGCCAGCUUCUUUCCUCAGCUGGGCAACCGGUUCUCCUACUGCCUGGUUUCUCACUCCUUCGACCAUGACCGAGUUCGCCUCCCGAGUCCACUUAUUCUCGGUCGCUACGGCAAGAAAGAAAAGGGCUUGGGAAAUGAUGGAGCUGGGUUUGUGUACACGUCCAUGCUGGAGAACCCGAAGCACCCCUACUACUGCGUCGGGCUGGAAGCAAUCUCCGUGGGAAAGAAGACUAUCCCAGCGCCGGAAACUUUGAAACGAGUCGACAGAAGGGGUAACGGUGGGGUGGUGGUGGACUCUGGGACCACUUUCACGAUGUUGCCGGAGAGUCUGUAUGACUCGGUGGUGACCGAGUUCGAACACCGGGUGGGGCGAAUGAACGAGCGGGCGAGUGAGGUGGAAGGCAAGACCGGGCUCGGGCCAUGUUAUUACUAUGAGGAGGUAGUGAUUGUGCCAGCCGUGGCAUUGCACUUUGUGGGGAAAGGAUCCAGUGUGGUGCUGCCCAGGAGAAAUUAUUUUUACGAGUUUUUGGACGGCGAUAAGAAGAGGAAGGUGGGGUGUUUGAUGUUGAUGAACGGUGGGGACGAGGAGGAGUUGAGUGGUGGGCCCGGAGCCACACUUGGGAACUAUCAGCAGCAGGGGUUCGAGGUGGUAUACGAUUUGGAGAUGAGGAGGGUCGGGUUCGCCAGGAGACACUGCGCAUCCCUUUGGGAUAGUCUGAACCGGAGCUAACGUGCGCCGACUUGACCUGGGAGGUUUGACCGGAGUCAGAGACAUCUCUAAAUGGGUCGGGUCACUUGGGAUGAUAUAUAAAAGUGGGUGGGUGGGUUUGGCACUUCACUUAAAUUGUAAAAUAAAUGAGAUGUAUUUAUAAAUAUUUAAAAAAAAAAAAUUGUUCAUGAGAAGAUGAGCAGUGAGCUACUUGAUGCUGCCUAGAAGCAAAGGAUGACGUGUGGAGAGCUAAAUAAAUAUUUGUAAAGUUUGAAAGUAAAAAUAUGAAAUUUGAUGCUAACUUU